AAAUGCUUCAACUCAACCCGCCCAGCCUCAGUCGGUCUUUUAUAGAGUAACCAAUUUGCAUCACAAUGCAUUUCGCCGUACUUUUCGUUGGAUGUGCGCUGUUUUCCACAGCCUUCACACUCAAAUGUUACGAGUGCGUACCCGGGGCAGAUCUUACAUGCACGGAGACCCAGAAGACAUGUCCCAGUUCCACUCAAUGUGCAGCAAUGAGGGUCACAUCUUACGCAGGAGGGUCAAAAAUCGUAGAUGUGACCGCGAAGAGCUGUGCUACGCCUGCUGAGUGCCUGACAGGGUCAAUGAACUUUGGAAUCUCAAGGACAUUGCUAAAUAGCAAGUGCUGCACCACAGAGCUCUGCAACUCUCAAACUGUCCCAGAAUCCAGCAGUGGUACCCCUAAUGGGAAACAGUGCUUCACAUGCAACGGCCAGGAUUGCCUCACCACUCUAGACUGCCUGGGGGACGAGAAUAGCUGUAUCUCCACUACAACUGAGGUCUCAGGCCAGAAGGUUUCCAUGAAGGGAUGUGCCAGCAGGAGUUUUUGUGCAGGGUCCAUGUCAGCUCAACUGCCAGGCAUAAGCGUCAAGCUGGACUGUUGUGAAGGACACCUGUGCAACGACGCACAGAGCCUCGCCGCGAGCCUGCUGCUCCUGGUGGCCCCCCUGCUCUCUGUCACCCUCUUCCACUGAGAAGCACAGUCCAAUGAUGAUUCACCUCAUCCAACCAUCUUUCUCUGCAGCUUUCCUCUGUGAUCUGUGCUCACAAUCUGCUCAUCCUCUGCCCUGUAACACCCCUCCCCUUCAUGAUCGCAUCCCUUUGCCAUGUUUGUUUUGUGGGAUAUUUCUUUGUGUGUUUUACAUAUCUCGCUCUGUUUAUCAGGUCUUGAGAUCCACACCCAUAUUUGGAAUGCACAACACACCCCAACCUCCCCCCUUCCCCAAUAACCCGACUAUCCACAAAAAGUGUGCUAUGCUGAAGCAAUUUGAACAUGCUAUGCACUGUACUUAGAUAUCCAAUUUGUGACUAUUUUGAGUCGUUUAUUGACAAUGAGAAUGUUUUGUUUGAUCAUACAUUUCAACAUAGAAACACGUAUUUCCAGGGCUUGAAUUAAAAUGUGUUCUCAAAUUUUUAAUUAAACACAUUUUUUCUAA